GCUCUUCUUGUUGCGCUCCUUCUGACCUGAUAAUUCGGUCUCCACCAGCUCAGAAUCUCGCGGCAGGUGAGCGGAUCAACGCGGAAGUGGCACCGACGAUCAAAAGCAGGCGCGUAGUUGCACUCAAAGUUUGUGCCACCCCGUUGGCAAAGUCGCCAGCACCACACGUUGCAGUGUAACGUAGUGCAGCACAUUGUGCACCAAGACUGCCUACAGCAGAAUGCAGCGACCAGAGGUCUGUGGAAGCUUCUGUAAUUCUGCACUAGAGUACAAUGGAAUCCACGAGCGCGCGCAGCAACCAAAUCUCAGCUCCGUCGAUCCGUCUGUCCCGAGCCGAGAUUCCCACGGUAGUCACCCUCCCCUUCCCCAGUUACAUCUGCGGGGUAAUCCGACCACGGCCGACAUCAUCGCCGCAUCUUCCCUACGACCAGCACCGGGCCCGGCCCACUCCACGACGCCGACUCCUGGAGAUGUCACCAGCAGGGUCCACGGCCCGUCGUCUCGGGACCCCGAGCCCACGCCGGCCGGGCCGCGGUCAGUUGACCCGGCGCCAUUGUCCUGCCUCCAUCCACGCGCGUUGGUGACAAGGGUUCGGCGCACCCUCAAAGCUCUCUCUGUCUCCGGACGUCAUGGUUUCAUGGAUCCGCGGUGCGGCGUUGGCAUUUGUCCGGGCCAGCCGAUAAUGCACGGCGCACCGUGCUUGUCGUGCGCCGACGCCGUGUCACCUGCGCCGCGUCAUGAGGACGCUGGCACGGCGCAUGACGCAUGACACGGCGCGGACACGAUAUCCCUUCGUCGAUCCAUCUU